GAGUUAAUCUCAAUCUCAAUAGCUUUCAGUUCCUAUCUAGAGGGAUCAUCAACAGGUACAAUCAAUCAAUCAUGAGGUGGGUGAGCUUACUCGGGGCUAUUGGUGUGCUUGGGUCGGUCCACGGGGCAGGAACGCCCGUGGUCAUUUGGCAUGGAAUGGGGGAUUCCUGUUGCAGACCCACAAGUAUGGGACGAAUCCAAGAGCUCAUUGAAAAUGGAACCCAACCCGGGACCUAUGUUCACUCGCUCAUGAUUGGCGACAACACCCUGGACGACACGAUCAACACCUUCCUGAAGCCGGUCAAUGAGCAGGUCCAAGAAGUGUGCGAUUAUGUGGCGCAAGAUCCGGCACUCGCUGAUGGAUAUCAUGCCAUUGGAUUCUCCCAGGGAGGUCAAUUUUUGCGGGCUGUGGCUCAGCGAUGUCCUAGCCCACCCAUCAAGAACCUGGUCACAUUGGGUGCCCAACAUCAGGGUGUCUAUGGGUUCCCGCGGUGUCCCGGUGAAAGUGUGGAGCUUUGCAACCUUAUGAGGGAGCUGCUCAACUACGGAGCCUACACGGAUCUAGUUCAAGACAUCUUGGUUCAAGCUCAAUAUUGGCACGAUCCUCUGCAUUUCGAGACGUACGUGGAAAAGUCACAAUUCAUUGGGGAAAUCAACAACGAGGGGCCGGUCAAAAAUCUGACCUAUGCGGAAAAUAUGGCCAAGUUGGAAAAGUUCGUCCUGAUCAAGUUUGCCGAGGAUCGAACCGUGGAACCGGUGGAGUCGCAAUUCUUCGAGUUCUAUCAACCCGGUUCCGAGUACGACAUUCUUCCCUUGAGAGAGUCGCCCAUCUACACCGAGGAUCGUGUGGGACUCAAGGCCUUGGAUUUAGCCGGCAAGCUCGAGUUCCUCACCAUUGAAGGCUCUGAUCAUAUGCAGAUCCCCACCCAAUGGUUCAUGGACAAUGUGGUGGCCAACUUCUUGCAAUAGGCCAUUGCUUAAUAUGCUAUAAAUACGUGCAUACGUACGAAUAUGCUAUGUUCAAAUAGAGUUUGUACGGGUAAGCUGACAGACUCACCCGCUGACCAGACUGA